CUUUGGACUGACUAUACCUACAACGUAUUCAGUUGGUUUUCUAUUUUGUUUAAGUAGAUAUGAUCGAUUGUUUGGAAAAAUGAUUGCAAGGGGAAUAAUAAUAUCUCUUCUCAUCUGUCCUUGUUUUUGCCAAUUAUCAAUUGUACGAGAUUUAGUACAAUUUAAUAUUGCUGGACAUCCCGUUUUACACAAAGAUCAGAAGUGGCCGUUCGAUCCAGAAGUAGGCAUAAGGCGCUCUAGGCAAUAUCAAGAAUUAAAUGGUUACCUUGGAGAGAAGGCAAUUGAAAGAUUGGGCUUAGGGAUAGAUGGGUUGGAUAGAGAGAGACUGGAAGCACAAAAAUUAAGAGAUGCUGGCCAUCUAGGAGGUGUAGAUUAUUUAACACCAUAAACACAUUCGAGUUUUCCCGAUGUAAUGAAGCUAGUCUGCUUAAUGAUGGA